GUUAAACAGGAGAGCGUCUCCACACGUCAGCUCGGGGAGGGCAUUGCUGCUUAAAAUGCUGCGAAUGUGACAGCCAAUAGUCCAGACUGCCUGUGAGGGGAAGGUGAUGGUAAGAAACGUGCAUGACCAGUGAGAAAAAUGCUAACAAAAACAACGCGCACGUUAGACUGACACAGAGAGCAGAGGCGCGAAAGGAGACGGACCUCUCGGUUCUACAAGUGCUUGCUCUCGUCCGUUUCCACGGAUUUGAGGACAAAAACGCACGCUUUCAGAGGGGGACUGGGAAGCGACACGAGAAGGGACAGUGGUGCGAGUAGCGUUACCCUUGGGGGGGAAAGAUGACAGUGGUGCCCGGGGAGAACCUGGAUGAGACUGUGGCACUGGCCGCCCUGUCCCAAGAUGUCUACGACCCCGAGAGAGCGGACCAGGAGUGCUGCGAGCGGGUGGUCAUCAACAUCUCCGGGCUGCGCUUCGAGACUCAACUGAAAACACUCGCGCAGUUCCCAACCACCUUACUUGGGGACCCCAGGAAAAGAAUGCGCUUUUUUGAUCCACUGAGAAAUGAAUACUUCUUUGACAGAAAUCGUCCGAGCUUCGAUGCCAUCCUUUAUUUCUACCAGUCUGGUGGCAGACUACGAAGACCUGUCAACGUCCCCUUGGACAUAUUCAUGGAGGAGAUCAAAUUUUACGAAUUGGGAGAGGAUACGAUCGAACAUUUCAAAGAGGACGAGGGGUUCAUCAAGGAAGAAGAACGCCCGCUGCCAGAAGGCGAGUUUCAGCGUCAAGUCUGGCUCCUCUUCGAAUACCCGGAGAGCUCAGGACCAGCUAGGGGUAUAGCAAUAGUUUCAGUUUUGGUCAUUUUGAUAUCCAUUGUCAUAUUUUGUUUAGAGACGUUACCGGAAUUCCGAGAGGAAGGGAAAAUCUUUGAGGAGCAGCUCUCCCUAAAUGGGACUGUGAGCGUAAAGAAACCAAAUCCGUUCACAGACCCCUUCUUUAUUGUGGAGACGCUCUGUAUCAUUUGGUUCUCUUUUGAACUGCUGGUGAGAUUUCUCGCGUGUCCUAGCAAGCCCGCCUUCUUCAAAAAUAUCAUGAACACCAUCGACAUAGUAGCAAUUAUGCCCUACUUUAUUACCUUGGGCUUGGAGCUAGCUGAACACCAAGGGAACGGCCAGCAAGCGAUGUCUCUGGCCAUCCUACGAGUCAUUCGCCUGGUGCGAGUGUUCAGGAUUUUCAAGCUCUCCAGGCACUCCAAAGGUCUCCAAAUCCUUGGGAAGACCCUGCAGGCGAGCAUGCGAGAACUAGGUCUCCUCAUAUUCUUCCUUUUCAUUGGAGUAAUACUGUUUUCGAGCGCAGUGUAUUUCGCGGAGACUGACGAUCCCGAAUCGGGGUUCAGCAGCAUCCCCGAUGCGUUUUGGUGGGCGGUGGUGUCCAUGACCACUGUGGGCUAUGGUGACAUGUGCCCGGUGACCAUCGGUGGCAAAAUUGUGGGGUCUUUGUGUGCCAUUGCUGGUGUACUGACCAUCGCACUACCUGUCCCUGUAAUUGUCUCCAAUUUCAACUAUUUCUACCACAGGGAGACGGAGCAUGAGGAGCAGUUCACGUACACCCAUGUAACAUGUGGUCAGCAGCAGCCCUCGUUUGGCGAAUUCAAAAACAGUGACAGCAAACCUUCACUCUCCAAAUCAGACUACCUGGAGAGUGACGACGCAGAUUCGAUUAAAUACACGAAUUGCAGUCCUCAUAAAGCGUACACGGGAAAGCUAACUGAUGUAUGAUUGUAGAAAUACGCAUCAGUGGUACCCAGUGAGAAACGCGCGUCUCUGUGAGUACAUCCCCAUUCCGCGCUCUGGCUUGAGUAGAUUGACAAGCUGUUAUUUCCGGCAUCAGUAAUGCAAAGGGAAUUAUUUAUUAGGGAAAUCAUAACAGAGGACUCAAACGUGGUGUGUUAAUUGUUCUUUUAUUUCGCAAUGUCUUCCAUUUUAUCAUCUUUGUCAAAUGCGCGAAGUCAGAUUCAAGCUCAAAUUUCUUUCAGCCUCAAAACAACGAGAAGAUAUAACAUUAUCAACAAACCAAGGCCAACCUCGCGUUGUAGCACUUUAUUGAUGUACUCUUAGUAAUGUGUAAUUUAUUAAUGACUUGUGUGUCAAUUUUGGGGAGGAUGUUUACAUUUAAUUUGCCUAUUCGGAGCAGACUGAGACUAGGACCAAAUUCUCUAAUAACGUAAAAUUAGCUUCUAACGAUCAACAGUGCAAUUGUAAGAAAGUACAAGGUCAGGUGAGAGAGUAGAAAUAACAAUUAUUUCCAUCACUUAACCAAUUAUUAUGAAUUGUAUUACGACUGCAACUGUUUUGGGCCACAUCAUUAUAUUAGAUUAACUGAAUUGGAAGCAUCUAUGCCAUUGUCUUUCAUUUUGGAACACGGUGACUGCUGUGUGCCCUUUGGGCAACGCGUAUACCCAUCAAAAUGCAGCUGUCACCAAAACAUGAUCAGCAGUCAACAAGCAAACAUGCAACAGCUACUGUAAUCGUCCUCCAAAUUUAGUUGUUGGCAUUCAGCACUGAUUAAUUCCAUGGACGACAUACAAUCUGUUUGGUUUAGUUAUGGUCUGUAGCCGAGAUAUCAUAUCGUUUACAUAAAUUAUUGGGCGAUGGCUCUACAUUUAUUGACAUCCUAUUGGUGUGACAUUGAGCUGGUCCCAGGUACAAGCAAAUACAUCUAUUUCUAUUAGCUACGACUUGGCAAAAACCCAUGUUUAAAGGAAGAAUGCAUCGGCCUGUAUGCAUAAAAUGCAUGUGAAAGACAGACAGGAAAAAAAAACUUGAUAGAAUGUGCGCCCUGUUUUUUUCUUCAACACGGCGAUAUUUAAAGUCCAAGUGCGCCACCGAAUGGUACAAAGAGGAAAUCGCAAAUGUCGGACACAAAGGUGUUUCUAUAGCAACCUUCCAGACUGUUCUGUAUUCUUUGGCAUCGACAAGACAUUUUGGUGCCUUAAGUUAGGCUAUGUGAAGGAAGGUCUUCAUUGUUGUGCUUGAUUAUUGCUUUCGAUUAUGCUGCUUCACGACACCGACUAAAGAUAAUGUAAACAGGUUCCAUCAAAUUAGAAGACAGUUUUAGUUUUUUGGCAGCUAAAUUGCAUCUGCUCUGCCUCUGUGUUCUAGGCUUGGCAUAGACUACUCAUAGUCCUUGAUCAUCUGCAAUCAUGUACAAUAUUACAGUAUAGGUCUCACUAAAUAAUAAUGAUUUAUUUAGAAUCACAUUAAAUGAAAAAAAAAAAAAACUGACAUGGUACAAAUUACGCUUCCCAUGCGCAAGAGGGCAUUUUGGUUUCCCUGCACCCAGACAUGUGUUUCGGAUGAUGAAACCACAACUGCCAAUACGUGAAAAGGACAACACCUCACCUUCAAUAACAUUGUGAGUUCUGGAAGUGGAAUAAUACUGCCGAAAUGCACUGAGUCGUGAGGAGGGCAAGCCCAGCUUCCACAUGGUUGGAUUAAGAGAGGCAGUACCUGCCAGUGAACAGCGCUGUAAACAGCAACUGCAAGGGAGAGCACUGCACACACACGUCAUGGAACUGAAAGAGAGAAACCGUGCAAAUCCUGAAAUCCUGUUUUUCACCUGUGGUAUUGUGGAUUAUUUUCCCAAACACCACUGAAGAAUAUCCUGCAACACUGUAAGGGGGAUGGAGAUACACUCGAACAACAGCUCUUGCCUUUCCUGUCACCUCUUCACUGCAGGAGUGUACCCUCUCUCUCUCUCUUACACACACACAUGCAGGACUCGGGGAGUGUAAUUUAACCAUCGUCGUACACUCUGUGUGCUGCAAAAACACACACACACAAAAAGGUGAACACUCGGAGGUCUAUGCACACCUCGCUGUCUUAGACUUCGCUCAUGGACUCAUGGACAAAGAGACCUCUCGGAAACUUCUGCCGAGAAGAAGUAGUUCACGAGCUCCGCCGACACCUGAACGAGGCAAGAGCCCGAGCCAAUCAGGACAGAGGUGACUCUCUACACAAGAGACUUUUUUUUUCUAAAUCAUCCGGCGAUAUCCAGGACAGGACAGCACCGCACAGCAGGCGAUGAAGGAGAGAAAAACACAAACAAGCACAGAGAAGGCUUGCAGGGCAGGAACGGAGGUAAUGAGGAUGUUACUUGAAUCACAAUCUCAUCACACACAUACAUUAUAUAUGCCGAUUACGAAACCAUUAAUGCAUUCAUCACUUUGUCUUGG